AUGAUUGAAGAGGUCGAGCUUUCUGGUCGAGAUGAGGUGAAUUCCAAUGCUGUUCGGUCACCGCUUCAGCCGACGUUUUACCGGGUCUCGUCGCUUGUCACGCGCACGGAGACUAUGCCUUUCCAGCAGGUUGCGCCGAACUAUGACCUUCAUCAACAGGUGGACAGCUGGACAAGUGCUUCAGCAUUCGUGAAACCGUGCUUUGUGUCGUCUCAAAUUCAGCUGGACAUACCGUGUGGCUUCUCCAGCCCACAAGCACCAGUGCCGUAUGUUUGUGAUAAGACGUUGCGGAACGAGACAAUAAAGAGCUUUGCAGCAGUUGACCCUUCGUGGUUGCUGCCGCCACUGCCGAAGAUUGGACAGGCGAAGCAAAAGCGGCUACUUUCACGACGUGCACGACAAGAUCCAGACUCGUCCCCUGCAACUUUCCAGCUCAGGAUCGUGUCGAUCGCAGUCGGCCAACAUCCGGUUUUCUUCGCCCGAAUUUCGACUUGCCGUCUUUCGCUUCGGGAGAAGCGGUGCUGUGGCCAAUGA